CUUCAGUUGAUCUCCACAGAGACAGAAAGCGGGAAACGAAAACUCAGAAAUCCAUGGCGGGAACUGAUCCACAGAAGCAACUCUUCGCUCUCCUUCGCGACUUCGCUACGGAGAAUUCACAAGGAGAGCGCAGAAUAGUAGGUCUCAAGAAGCGAAUCCAGGAGCUUUGGUCCGAGUUUGAAUUGGCCAAUGCUGAACUAGAAGAUGCCAAGCGUCUCAAAGAAAACAUGGAGCAAGAGAUUAAAGGAUAUGAAGUCGAAUUGGCCAUGAACGAAGCUUCGAUUCAAACGCUAGAGGCUAGGGUUGCUCUGAUUCAGGAGGAGAUAUCAGUUGCUGGAUCUGGUUUGGAGGCACUUAAGAAUGAAGAAGGGGCUUUGCGAGAUGACUUCAUCGACAAAAUGUUCAUGCUCAAUGAUGAUAUAAGGAAGUUCCAGGAGAAAAUGGUUUGUGCUUUUGCUAAAGACAACCCGAUUGAGAGUUCAAUGAACAAUGGCAACGACCUAUGUGAUGCAGAAGAUGCUGAAGUUAGCAGAAGAGCCCUUGAGAAUCAAAUUGCCGAAUUAGUUUCUCAAACCAAUAUUGAGGAACAGGAGUGCCAAGCAGAGCUAAAUGCUUGUAAUCAGGUUCAGGUGGAGCUAAUUGAUAUGGAAAGGAAGGUGUUCUUGAUGGAGGCAAUUAUGAAAGAAAGCAUAUUGUUGCAGGACUUGACCAGAUAUCCUUAACUAUACUGACAGUAUCUAUGUAAUGUCAUUUGAUUCUCACACUAAAAGAUUUUUCCCUUCGAUCGGGGUGCUAUAAGUUAGUCCUUUUGACCUUCUAGACAAGAGUUCGGUAAAAAAUAACCAUCUCGAGAAGAGUAAAAAACAUUCCAGGGAUACGAUUUAUCUUUUUCCUCUUUAGUUUCAAAAGUUAGUGUUUGCUCUCUUCAGUUCUUUUGUAGAUGGAGAAAAGGACAUUGGCGGUUAAUUUUGAAUUAUUAUCCUGGGUUUUUUGACCGGAAAUUUUUUGUAUAGCUUUACC